AUGCCUAAGUCACCCAACAUAGAUGAGCCAGAGGCGCAAGAAGGAGAGCCGUCGUACCCGCCAUGCCUGUUUUCAUCGGCAGAAGAAAAAAAGCUCUACAAAAGGCUUAAAGACGCUUACAUGGCCUCUUACAAUACCUGGAAUGAUGAAGCCUUAGCAGCGUGGCCUUAUAUCGUCGAACACGCUUCUCUAGCACCAUCAACAAUUGGCAAGAUCACAAACCACUCGAUAACCAGAAACAUGACCAAUAACAGGGUGACGUGGGCACAUGUUGUUGCACUCCGCAUCAUCUACAAGGGAUUUCUCUUUAAGAGCAGAAAGGUCAUGAGGCUCAUCAGAGCGAGAUACCCAAGAGCCAACUUCAGCACAAACGCCUACAAUGAGGAGUAUACCAGGCCACAUAAGAUUGAAGAAGAGGAAAACGCACCAGAGAAAACUGUGCAAAAGAAUAACUCAUGCGCGGCUCAUGAUCAUAGAGAUGAAAUGAAUGAUGCCAUCGGAAAGGUUGCUCCUAUUGCUCCCCAGGUGGUAAACGAGACGAUGAGCCGAUUUCUCAAUGAGAGGGAAAAAUCUCAGCCAGUUGAAGAAGUUGAUGCGCCUUAUUUCGCCAGGAUUGAGCCAAAGACUGUUGUUCUCUUCAAAGUAGAAGAAGAAAAUGAACCGGCUAUCAGAGAAGACGAAAGCCACAAACCCCUGAUCCCAACCUCAUUGAACAAAAGAAAGAGAGCGAUUCCUGAGAAUGCGAAUGGUAAAGGCAACACCGAGCCCAAAAGGGUUCGCAAGCCACCGACUCGCAAACAGAAAAAGGACAAGCCAUACGCUGCAGCCGACAACGCUCCUAAUCUACCAGUGAUCCCAGAAGAAACACCGGCUACCCUGGAAGUAGCUGGCGGUAGCUCCGAUAGAAUCGUAGGCUCUCAGGAUAUCAAUUUGGAUUGGUUGACUGAGAUAUUGGGAAAUCAUGGAAACUCCCUUUCUGAGUACACUAAAGCUGUGGAGCAAAAUACCCGAGCCGUGGAGAAAAACACGGAGCUACUUCAGAGAUUGACGGAGCAACUACUGUCCUCCCGGCGGAAAAGGUCAUCAUGA